AUGGGAAGAUUGAAAAAUUUUCUUGCAACAGGUUUUGAUUUAAUUUUUGGUGAAUAUGUGAAAUAUCGUUCAAGGCAAAUUUACAAUUUUCAUUUUCCGGCUGAUCGUUAUCGAUCAUAUGAUGAAGUACUCAACAAUGUUUCACUUGCAUUGAUUAAUGACUACUUCAGUAGUUCAGGAAGAGUUCGUCCCAAUGUCCCCGCUGUUGUUGAAAUUGGGGGAGUUCAAGUGAAACCAGAACCAUUACCACUGCCUGAGGACCUCAAGAAUUUCUUAGACGAAGCCAAAGAUGGUGCAAUUUUCUUUUGCUUAGGAUCGAAUGCAAAAAGCACAUUUCUAUCGAAAGAAACUCUUCAAAUUCUUCUGAAAGUCUUCGCAUCGUUGAAACAGAGAGUUGUGAUGAAAUGGGAAGCGGACACGAUGGAGAAUCAACCGAAAAACGUUUUCAUCAGCCAAUGGUUGCCACAAGAUGACGUUCUGGCACAUCCAAACCUUCGUUUGUUCAUUUCCCAUUGUGGGCUGGGUGGAGUUAUAGAAUCAAAAUAUCACGGAGUGCCAAUUGUUGGAGUUCCAAUGUUUGCUGAUCAAUUUGACAAUGCUGCAAAAGUUGUAAAAGAAGGUUGGGGAGUCAAAGUCGAUGUUAAUUCUAUGACUGAAAUGAAGUUGAAAGAUGCGAUCCAUGAAAUUCUCACAAAUCCAAAGUACACAAACACCGUCAAGAGAAUGUCAACUCUUGCUCGUGAUCGUCCAAUGAAUGCACAAGACACUGCCGUAUUCUGGGUUGAAUAUGUUCUCAGACAUCAUGGGGCAUCUCACAUGCAUUAUCCAGGAGCUGAUCUUAACUUUUUGCAAUACAAUUCAAUUGACGUUAUUUUGUUCAUAGUUGUUGUUGUUUAUUUGUUCUUCAAGUUCUUGAAAUGGAGUUGCAAGAAAAUCUGUUGUGGUGUCAGCAGCAAACAGAAGUUUAUUUUUUACUUUGGACGGGAACAAAACAUCAAAAUGGAUAUAAAAAUCUUUGCAUUGCUACUUGUAUUUUGUUCCGGACUUGAAUGUUCAAGGAUUCUUGUUCUUUAUCCCACCAUCAGCAAGUCCCAUAUUAUGCCAUUGCAAACAUUAUCAUUGGCGUUAGCAGAAAAAGGUCAUCAAAUAACAUUUGUCAGUACAUAUCCAUUAAGUAAGCAGGUGAAAAAUUAUCGCGAUAUCAAAAUUCCAUUCAAUGAAGCAGAUAAGGAAUUCAUCGGCGAAAUGGGAAAAGAUCCUAAAGGGAAAGGCUUCACUUACAUGUUCCCAAGAUUGACAUCUUUGGUCUUUCGUCUGGGAAACGAGUCACUUCAAAUGCCAGAAAUGAAAAAAUUGAUGAGAGAAGAAAAAUUUGACCUUGUUAUCGUUGGAUACUUCAUGACGGAGUUCAUGCUUGGAGUUGCUGAUCACUUCAAGUGUCCAAGUAUUUUGUUUAGUCCGGCAAUGGCUUUUGACGUCAUCAAUCAAGCUCUUGGCAAUCCAUUAGGCUUUGUUGCAAAUGUGAUGGUUCCUGUUAAAGAAUGGAAUUUCAUAGGACGUUUGAAAACUUUCCUUGCCACAGGAGCUGAAUUAGGUUUAACUCAAUAUUUGAAGUAUCGAGCUCGACAAGUUUAUGAUUUCAAUUUUCCCGCUGAUCGUUAUCGAUCAUAUGACGAAUCAUUGCAAAAUGUUUCACUCGCAUUAAUCAACGAUCAUUUUAGUUCAGGAAGAGUUCGCCCCAAUCUUCCAAGUAUGGUCGAAAUUGGAGGUUUACAAGUGAAACCCAAGCCUUCACCAUUACCUGAAGAUCUCAAGAACUUCUUAGACGAAGCCAAAGAUGGUGCAAUAUUUUUCAGCUUAGGAUCGAAUGCAAAAAGCACAUUUUUAUCGAAAGAAAUUCUUCAGAUUCUGUUAAAAGUCUUCGCAUCGUUGAAACAGAGAGUUGUGAUGAAAUGGGAAGCGGACACGAUGGAGAAUCAACCGAAAAACGUUUUCAUCAGCCAAUGGUUGCCACAAGAUGACGUUCUGGCACAUCCAAACCUUCGUUUGUUCAUUUCUCAUUGUGGGCUGGGUGGAGUUAUAGAAUCAAAAUAUCACGGAGUGCCAAUUGUUGGAUUCCCAAUGUUUGGGGAUCAACCUGGAAAUGCUGCAAAAAUUGUUGAAGAAGGUUGGGCAGUUCAAAUUGAACUUGGAUCGUUAACUGAAAAGAAGUUGAAAGAUGCAAUCAAUGAAAUUCUCACAAAUCCAAAGUACACAAACACCGUCAAGAGAAUGUCAACUCUUGCUCGUGAUCGUCCAAUGAAUGCACAAGACACUGCCGUAUUCUGGGUUGAAUAUGUUCUCAGACAUCAUGGGGCAUCUCACAUGCAUUAUCCAGGAGCUGAUCUUAACUUUUUGCAAUACAAUUCAAUUGACGUCCAAAACAAAAGUGCUGAAAGAGUUGGAGUUGGAGUACUCCACGAUUACGUACUCGACUUUGCUGACACUUCAGCUGACAAAAAGUAUUAUUCACCAACAUGGAAUGGAAGUCCAGCAACAAUUAUCGAAAAAUUGGGAUCGAUAGUUUAUGGAGCUGUUUGGGAAAUAAACGAAAUACAUUUAAGCGAGCUUGAUCGACAAGAAGGUGUUGAAUGUGGAAUUUAUAAACCAAUGACUGUGAAUGUUUUAGUAGACGAUAAAGAAAUUUCAUGUAGAACUUAUAAACUUGUUGAUAAUCCAACUACACCAAUGGACCCUAGCGACAGACCAUUUGAACGACAACCGUCUAAAUCGUAUUUAAAUGUUAUUCUCAAUGGAGCUAUAGAAACAAAAUUACCAUCAGAUUAUAUUGAUUUUUUGAGAAGCUUUAAACACAAUGGUAAUGAAGCAAUUAACAAAGAAUUGCUCUCUUUAUUGAAUCUUAAAGAAAUAUUUGUCAUGGAUUUUAAAAUUUUAUUUCUUUCUGUGACAUUCCUUGUUGGAUUUGAAUGUUCAAGGAUUCUUGUACUUGAAGCUACCAUCAGUAAAUCUCACAUUAUCCCGUUACAAGCAAUAUCAUCGGCGUUAGCAAAAAAGGGCCAUGAGAUAACUUUUGUCAGUACAUAUCUGUUCGAUGAAAAGGUAAAAAAUUAUCGCGGUAUCAAAAUUCCAUUCAAUGAAGAAGAUAAAGAAUUUGUCAGUGAAAUGGUCAAAGACCCUGAUGGAAAAGGAUUUUUCCAUUGGUUUCCCAAACUAUCGGAGCUGGUUUUUCGUCUGGGAAAUGAUACAUUACAAAUGCCAGAAAUGAAAAAUUUGAUGAAAGAAGAAACAUUUGAUCUUGUCAUUGUUGGAUAUUUCAUGAAUGAUUUUAUGCUAGGACUUGCUGAUCACUUCAAAUGUCCAAGUAUUUUGUUCAGCCCAGCAAUGGCCUUCAACACUAUGAAUCGAGCACUUGGAAAUCCUUUGGCAGUUUCAGGACUACCACAUCCGCUGGUGCCUAUUAGCGAAAUGAAUUUUUUGGGAAGAUUGAAAAAUUUUCUUGCAACAGGUUUUGAUUUAAUUUUUGGUGAAUAUGUGAAAUAUCGUUCAAGGCAAAUUUACAAUUUUCAUUUUCCGGCUGAUCGUUAUCGAUCAUAUGAUGAAGUACUCAACAAUGUUUCACUUGCAUUGAUUAAUGACUACUUCAGUAGUUCAGGAAGAGUUCGUCCCAAUGUCCCCGCUGUUGUUGAAAUUGGGGGAGUUCAAGUGAAACCAGAACCAUUACCACUGCCUGAGGACCUCAAGAAUUUCUUAGACGAAGCCAAAGAUGGUGCAAUUUUCUUUUGCUUAGGAUCGAAUGCAAAAAGCACAUUUCUAUCGAAAGAAACUCUUCAAAUUCUUCUGAAAGUCUUCGCAUCGUUGAAACAGAGAGUUGUGAUGAAAUGGGAAGCGGACACGAUGGAGAAUCAACCGAAAAACGUUUUCAUCAGCCAAUGGUUGCCACAAGAUGACGUUCUGGCACAUCCAAACCUUCGUUUGUUCAUUUCUCAUUGUGGGCUUGGUGGAGUUAUAGAAUCAAAAUAUCACGGAGUGCCAAUUGUUGGAGUUCCAAUGUUUGCUGAUCAAUUUGACAAUGCUGCAAAAGUUGUAAAAGAAGGUUGGGGAGUCAAAGUCGAUGUUAAUUCUAUGACUGAAAUGAAGUUGAAAGAUGCGAUCCAUGAAAUUCUCACAAAUCCAAAGUACACAAACACCGUCAAGAGAAUGUCAACUCUUGCUCGUGAUCGUCCAAUGAAUGCACAAGACACUGCCGUAUUCUGGGUUGAAUAUGUUCUCAGACAUCAUGGGGCAUCUCACAUGCAUUAUCCAGGAGCUGAUCUUAACUUUUUGCAAUACAAUUCAAUUGACGUUAUUUUGUUCAUAGUUGUUGUUAUUUAUUUGUUCUUCAAGUUCUUGAAAUGGAGUUGCAAGAAAAUCUGUUGUGGUGUCAGCAGCAAACAGAAGUUUAUUUUUUACUUUGGACGGGAACAAAACAUCAAAAUGGAUAUAAAAAUCUUUGCAUUGCUACUUGUAUUUUGUUCCGGACUUGAAUGUUCAAGGAUUCUUGUUCUUUAUCCCACCAUCAGCAAGUCCCAUAUUAUGCCAUUGCAAACAUUAUCAUUGGCGUUAGCAGAAAAAGGUCAUCAAAUAACAUUUGUCAGUACAUAUCCAUUAAGUAAGCAGGUGAAAAAUUAUCGCGAUAUCAAAAUUCCAUUCAAUGAAGCAGAUAAGGAAUUCAUCGGCGAAAUGGGAAAAGAUCCUAAAGGGAAAGGCUUCACUUACAUGUUCCCAAGAUUGACAUCUUUGGUCUUUCGUCUGGGAAACGAGUCACUUCAAAUGCCAGAAAUGAAAAAAUUGAUGAGAGAAGAAAAAUUUGACCUUGUUAUCGUUGGAUACUUCAUGACGGAGUUCAUGCUUGGAGUUGCUGAUCACUUCAAGUGUCCAAGUAUUUUGUUUAGUCCGGCAAUGGCUUUUGACGUCAUCAAUCAAGCUCUUGGCAAUCCAUUAGGCUUUGUUGCAAAUGUGAUGGUUCCUGUUAAAGAAUGGAAUUUCAUAGGACGUUUGAAAACUUUCCUUGCCACAGGAGCUGAAUUAGGUUUAACUCAAUAUUUGAAGUAUCGAGCUCGACAAGUUUAUGAUUUCAAUUUUCCCGCUGAUCGUUAUCGAUCAUAUGACGAGUCAUUGCAAAAUGUUUCACUCGCAUUAAUCAACGAUCAUUUUAGUUCAGGAAGAGUUCGCCCCAAUCUUCCAAGUAUGGUCGAAAUUGGAGGUUUACAAGUGAAACCCAAGCCUUCACCAUUACCUGAAGAUCUCAAGAACUUCUUAGACGAAGCCAAAGAUGGUGCAAUAUUUUUCAGCUUAGGAUCGAAUGCAAAAAGCACAUUUUUAUCGAAAGAAAUUCUUCAGAUUCUGUUAAAAGUCUUCGCAUCGUUGAAACAGAGAGUUGUNCACAAACACCGUCAAGAGAAUGUCAACUCUUGCUCGUGA